AUGUCGACAAAGUACGCGCUGGUGUCGCUGCCGCUCAACGCCUUCGACUCGAGCGACAGAAGCGAUGCCAUCUCGUCGCUGAGCGCCACCAUCUCCUCCGACAAUGGCGCUGUCACGCCCUUUGGUAUCCCCGACUUUAAGAUAGGAACUCUUGAUGCUCUCGUUCAGCAGGCCGAUGAGCUGGCUAAGCUCGAAGCUUCGUGCCAGGCCGUCGUGGCCAAGGUCGGCGAUUCACUGCGACAGGUGCUCAACAACGACGAGGAGCGCCUCGCUUCGUACAAGAUGGUCAACGAUAAACCGACGGACCAGUACCUCCGCAGCUUCACCUGGAACAAGAUCCGGUACCGCGCCGAUAAGCCCUUGAGCGAGCUCAUUGACACCCUGCAAAAGGAGCUCGUCAACGUGGACAACGACGUCAAGACCAAGUUCAACCAGUAUAACACGGUCAAGACGAACCUCGCAGCCCUCCAACGCCGUCAGACUGGAAAUCUCGCCACCAAGUCGCUCACGCCCAUUGUCGACCCGAAGCUCCUGAUCCAAGACUCCGAGUACAUAGAGACGCAUCUCAUCGCCGUGCCCACCAACGUCAAGAAAGAGUUCCUCAAGACGUACGAAACGCUAUCGCCCAUGGUAGUGCCCCGCUCUGCCGUCGAGAUCGAUCACGACGACGAGUUUACCCUCUUCGCCGCGGCGACAUUUAAGAAGCACAGCGCCGACUUCAUCCACAAGUGCAGAGAGCAAAAGUGGACGCCGCGUCAGUACACAUACGUCGAGGGUGGCCGGGAAGAGGAGCAGCGCGAGCUUGACAAGGUGACCAACGAGGAGCGCAAGGUGUGCGGCGAGGCUCUGCGGAUGGGACGCACCGGAUGGAGCGAGAGCGUCAUGGUUUGGAUCCACGUCCUCACGUUGAGAGUCUUUGUCGAGGCCGUGCUGCGCUACGGCUUGCCACUCGAUUACGUGACGGCCCUGAUCAAGACGACGCCAAAGCUGGCGCCCAAGGUCAAGACGGCCCUAGACUCGAGCUACUCGUAUCUCGGCGGCAACGCGUUUGGGCGCGACAAGCGUGGCAGGGUCACCAAGGACGAUGCGGCUAUGAGCUCGGAGAUGGCGGCGGCCGGGCUGGGAACGGGAGAAGGGCACGAGUACACGGCAUUCGUCUACUACGAGUUGGAGUUUCCCUAG